GGGAUUGUUUUCCAGCUCGACCGCGAGGGGAGAUUGGCAGAGAGGCGUUGGACCUUGUUUUGAAUUGUCUGGCGGCGGGUUUAGCUCAAUUACCGCCAGGAUUGACGGGAGGGCAGAGAGAGAGAGAGAUAUCAAACGGGGGUGAAAAGUGGUAACUAUGUCGGGUGUCGGGUACAAGCGGUAACUAUACUACUAGGUCUUUACUGUACAGUGUAUGUAUGUAUGUACAUACUCUACAUUUCCAGACACAACCUUCGCCUGCCUAGCUUCCCUCUAGUCCGCACCCUAAGCAUAACGAUGUGGUACGGAGCAGUCUGUACCCCGACUCCUGCUGGCUGUAUUGGAGUGAGUUCUGCUGUGAUACUUCCCUGUUCCCCAUUUAUUGUCUGCAGUUAUACGAUGAUAUUCUCAGUUCUAUUGAAAAUGGUGACAUUGUCAUUCACCUCUUCAUUGAUCUGUGCAGGGAUCCACCGAGAUUGGCAAUGGCACGUUUGACCAAGUAAAUGAAGGCCUGCGAUCUUAAGUG